CCUGACACUUGGCUUGGGCAGGAGGAGCGUGGACACCUCAGAACGACAUCCCAGUGGGGCUCCUGUAGGAAGACGUGGGUUCCUAACCCUACCUCGUAUCCGUGUUCCCAAUUCUUACCACUUUGAUUUGCACCUUCAAUCAGAAGUGAGUCAUCUUGAUCUCUGGGAGACCCUUAUUUUUGGCGUUGAGUUUAUGGACAUCUGUGAACUAUGCCUAAAGUUGUGUCCCGGUCAGUUGUCUGCUCCUACACCCGGGACCGGGAGGAAUAUGAUGACAGUGAGAAGCCCCUUCACGUCUACUACUGUUUGUGUGGCCAGAUGGUUCUAGUGCUGGAUUGUCAGUUGGAAAAACUGCCCAUGAGGCCCCGGGAUAGGGCCCGGGUGAUUGAUGCUGCCAAACAUGCCCACAAGUUUUGUAACACAGAAGACCAGGAAACUAUGUAUCUUCGAAGGCCUGAAGGCAUUGAACGACAGUACAGGAAGAAGUGUGCAAAGUGUGGACUGCCACUCUUCUACCAGACCCAGCCAAAGAAUGCUCCCGUGACCUUCAUUGUGGAUGGAGCAAUAGUCAAGUUUGGCCAGGGUUUUGGGAAAAUGAAUAUAUAUACUCAGAAGCGAGAGCCUCCUAAGAAGGUGAUGAUGACCAAAAGGACUAAAGACAUGGGUAAAUUCAGCUCUGUCACUGUGUCUACUAUUGAUGAAGAGGAAGAGGAGAUUGAGGCUAGGGAAGUUGCUGACUCAUAUGCACAGAAUGCCAAAGUGAUUGAGAAACAGCUGGAACGCACAGGCAUGAACAAAAGGCGCCUGCAAGAGCUGGCUGAACUGGAAGCCAACAAAGCGAAAAUGAAGGGGACUUUGAUUGAUAACCAGUUCAAAUGAUCAGGAUCUUUCUCUGAACCCAGACUAAAGGCAAGCAUUUAGAACAGGAGGCAAAAGAACUUUUUCUUGACUGCAUGUACUGGUUCCUACUUUUAUG